ACGGUAGCAACGAGUUUACGGCGUUUGAGAGUAAACAGCGAAACGACAAAACUUAGAGCAACAUGCCUCGAAAUCAAGCUCCGGGUGGCUACUGGAUAUAUGAGAGCAUUAAAGACGUCUUUUUCGAAGAGAGAUACAACCUUGGAGUGGAGCUUGGCAAGGGUGGGACUGCCAAGGUGUUCAUAUGUCAAAACAAAGCAAGUGGUGAAAACUGGGCGGUGAAAAUCAUUGAGAAAAAGAUUGAUAAGAAAAUUGUUAGAACAGAAACCGGAAUUUUGCUUAAGCUUAACCAUCCAAAUGUGAUCCGUUUGAAGGAAAUCUAUGAAACUCAUUCUACAAUCUACUUGGUGUUGGAGCUGGUAACAGGUGGGGAACUGUUUGACAGAAUUGUCAGCAGAGGACAUUAUUCAGAGAAAGAUGCGGCUCUCUGCGUAAAGGAAAUGUUAACAGGUGUAAAGUAUCUACAUGAUAAUGGAGUAGUACAUCGAGAUCUCAAGCCUGAAAAUUUUCUGUAUGAAAAACCAACAGCUGAAUCCAAGUUGAAAGUAGCGGACUUUGGACUCUCUACCAUAAUUCGACCUCAGGUGGACCUGAAGACUGUGUGUGGUACACCAGGAUACUGUGCUCCAGAAGUUCUCAGUGGUACAACCUAUGGCCAGGCAGUGGACAUGUGGAGCAUUGGAGUGAUUACCUACAUCUUAUUAUGUGGCUAUGAACCAUUCUUUGGGGAGACAGAGCGUGAACUGUUUAGAAAUAUUCGUAAAUGUAAUUACAAGUUUGAUUCCCCUUGGUGGAGUGGAGUGUCUAUUAAUGCUCGGGACUUGAUAGAGAGACUGUUAGUAGUCGACCCAAAGAAGAGAUUGACAGCUGAUCAGGCUCUACUUCAUCCCUGGGUCAAGGGUGUGGCUGCCAAGAGUGAACACAUGAAACUGGCUCAUCAUCAACUCAAGGAGUUCAAUGCAAAACGAAAACUUAAGGCUGCAACUGGGAGUGCGCUGGUAGCUGCCCGUGUUGCUCAGAAGAUCAAUGUUACAGAUAUUUUCAGUGUGCCAGAGAAGGAUAAAAAUACCCCUGUAUCUAAACUCCUGUCAGCAUGACAUCUCACUGGAACACAUAGGUGGGACAAUGAAGUAGAGCAGUAUGACAUUUCACGAAAUAUGUACGUGUAUAAAAGGAUAAGCUCAGAGUUCUUCUUUUAAUGUGCUU